GCCGCCAAAUACUAAGGAAGAAGAAUAUUUAGUUCCAUACCCAGAGCAUUAAUAGACGGGCUCUGCUCACUUUCUAGACUUAAGUAGUGUUGUAGGCACACGCCUUUACGUUACCGCGACAGUAAUGAUAUUAUGUCGAUUUGUCGAGUCAACUGUAGCACUAGUCUAGUCUAGUGAGUGGCUUUGUCUUUGCACGCAGAACUCCCACCUCAUAGAACUGCUAACUAUUAACACACAGUUGGAAGAUGGAGAGGAAAAAGCUGGCUAAAGACCGCGCUGGACCACUGCAAACGCACAGCAUGAAAGAUUGGAGUAAAGAUGUUUCUACACAAUCCUUAGACUCGGACGACUAUGGAAGUGAUGAUGACCUCUACUAUUCGAAACGACUCGAUCCGGCUGAAGAUGAGCUAAAUGAAGACGAUUCAGAUACAGUAGAUAAGAUGUCAAGUGCCGAAUACAGCGGAGAGGAUGAACUCCGUAGUCCCCCAUCAUCAAAGAGACGCAGGUGUAGCAGUGCACGAGCAGCCAAACCAACGCCGCCGUGGAACACGGGGAAAGAUGUGGAUACGGAUCCACCAGAGCAGCGAUUCUACCCUUUACGGACCCCGGGUGUUCAGAUGAGUUUCACCGACACACACACCCCACUGGACUUAUUCAAGCUCUUCUUCUCCGAGAGGGCCGUCAAAACUGUGUGUGACAACACUAAUAAGCAAGCUGCCAGUAACGUUGCAAAAGGAUCCACAUACAAAUGGGUUGACGUCGGCGUUCAUGAGUUCUUCAAUUAUAUCGGACUGAUUUUUUACAUGGCCACAAUCAAGCUGGACGAGAUCAAAGAUUUUUGGCUGCAAGAUGACAUCUUCUCCAUCCCAUUCCCAGCCACUGUGAUGACCUGGGACAGAUACAGCUCAAUCACCUGGAACGUCAAAAUGAGCGAUCCACACAAGGACCAGGAAAACAACAAAAGGAAGGGAACACCAGGAUACGAUAGCCUGUUCCAAGCAAAACCUCUGCUGGACACGAUCCGGAACGCCUGCAAAGCCUUCUAUCACCCUCACAGGAAUCUAGUAAUGCAUGAUGGAGUGACUACAACCAAGAGCUUUAAGUUCUUUAUCCUCGCCGAUGCAAGCAAUGGCUAUGCUGUAGAUUUUGCUGUUUAUACGAGAAAGAGCGACUUCUUAACAGGAGAAGGGCUGUCCUAUGACUCUGUGAUGUCACUCAUGAACCGUUCCUACUUGGGUUCUGGGUAUCAUUUGUACACAGACAGUUUCUACACAAGCCCGAAGCUCUUCAGAGACUUGCUGGGACAAAACUUUGGUGCUUGUGGUCUGUACAGAGAGCACAGAAAGAACUGCCCUCGCAGCACGUCUAAUGCACUGGACAAGAGCUCCAGCAAAGCCGCCAUCAGAUGGAUCAGGGACGGGCCACUGGUGUUUGUGAAGUGGAUGGACAGGAAAGAGGUGUCCAUCUGCUCCACGAUCCAUCCAGCCUACUCGGGGGAGAAAGUACAGGGGUGGGUGAAGCCGAAGACUGGAGGCUCGAUGCCCAAGCUGUACCCAUGCCCCUCAUCUGUUGUAGACUACAACAGGUAUUCGAGCGGUGUUGAGGUUCCAUACCAGCUGAUCCAGUAUUACUCGACACAGCAUAACGAGAUGAGAUGGUACACCAAGUUGUUUUUGUACUUCCUGGAUAUCGCUGCAAUGAACGCAUAUACCCUCCAUAAAGAAAUGAUGGCCCAGCGACAGAAGACAACGCUGACCCACAAGGCCUUCAUGGAGGAGCUGACUGCACAGCUUUGUGGGGUGUCGAGCAAGGUCUCCCUGAAACGUGAAGGCUGUGAGCAUGUGCCUGUUCCAGUGGCCGCUCCCCGUCCUGAUGCCAGCAAGCGAGCUGCCUCUGCCCACAUGGCCUGCCUGAUGUGCAAGAUUGAUAACAGGAAGCAGAGCACGCCAUGGAAGUGCAAGGUUUGUGACGUUGCCCUCUGCCUGAAGAUGGACAGGAACUGUUUUGAAAAAUGGCACAAAUGACUGCGGUUCCUUGCAGCCAGACGAUUGUAACGGUCAUCGAGACUGCUGUUAGCCUUGUGUGUAUUGUUGCCAUCGUGUUGAACUGACUAGCAAGUGUUUAUAUGGUACGUGUGUCUAAAUUCUCACUGGUGAUGUGAUUUCAUUAAAAUGUCAAACCUUUUUACAUUUUU